AUGGUCGGCCGGGGACACCAGUGUUGGGUGACCCGGAAGCGGUACAAGUGCUUCCGCUGCGGGCAGCCUAACCACCUCGCGGUAGUAUGUAAGAGCCAGACAGGAGUGGCCGUUAAAGUCCAAGAGGCACAAGACAGCACCGUACUAUGCAGAGAAAUCGACCGGCUGAGCCGUCAACUGGAGUUCCUCACUAGCAACGCCGACCCACCCCUCGCAGGCCCACAAGACCAAGAGGCACCAGAAGCCGCCGCAAACAAACGCCCUUUUGGAGAACGGCCGGUGCCAGGAAACUAG